AUGCGAAAACCUCCUUUAUCGGAUGAUGAUGAUGAUGAUGACGAUGAUUUUGAUCGUCCAUCACCACUUUUACAGACUCAACGUUUUUCAAAAUCUGAUCCAGUUGGUACAAAAAACCUUCAUAUGACACAAACAAAGCCGAAAUCUACUGAAGUAUCAAAUUUUAAAAUAAAUCUAGGUCGAAUACAUGAUAACGAUGAAGAAGAUAGUUUGAAUGACACUGAUGAUGAUACAAAUACUAAAACUGGUCGAAGUUCGUCAAGCGUAACAACAAGUCAGUUAACACCGAAACCAAAAAAUCGUUCAUUUCUUAAAAAAGAUGGAGAAAAACCCCAAAUUAAACCACGUCAUACUGGUAUUAACGAUGAUGAUGAUGAUGAUGAUGAACGAAAUGUAUUUGGUAAAACAAAAGUAGAACCAAGUCCACGACAUCAAAUAUUAUCAUUCCGCGAGGAAGAAGAGCGAAAUCAAUCAUUUAUGCAAACUUUUGCCACUGAAAAAAAACAACAAUCACCAACAGAUUUAUUUUCAGCUGAUCAUAGAUUUGAUUCAAGAAAAAAUCAAAAAAACUUUUCAAAUGAUUAUCAAAAUAAAAAGCAAACAGAUAGUGAUGAUGAAAGUCGUCUUUCAAGCAGAAAAUCAAAACGUAACGAGUUUAAAAGCUCUCGACAUUCACCAACAAGUUUCGAUCAAGUAAAAUCACAAAAACAUAGCAGUAGAAGUAAAGAGUCAACUGAUCAAAGUGAUAGUGAUGAGGAAUUUUUCAUGAAACCAUCACAAAAACAAGGCUUUACAAAAGAACAACAAUUGUAUAAUGAUUCAAUACAGGAUACGGAUUUGAAUUUUGUUCAACAUCAACCAUCAUCGAAUCAAACUAGUUCAGCAAACAAACGAGGCGGUGAAUCUGACCAACGAUCAUCACAUUUCGAAGUUUCGGAUUUCGUGAUUCCUUCGACAACAACAAAUCAAAAAUCUCAAUCACGACCAACAUCAGCUAAAUCGAAUACAACACGUCAACAAACGCAAUCGGGUAUCGACACCGUUGCUAACGCUAAUGUUCCACCUACAUGCGAUCCUUUAACAUCAAAUAAUGGAGCACUUGCUGCUUCACUUCAACCUCCAUCGCCUCCGCCUCGCUCUUCUGCAAAACUUCCUCCAAAACCAAAACCAAGCUCACAUACGACAGCAGGAAGUUCUAAUAAAAAACAAGCCUUUAAAAUUCCAUCGCGUUAUCGAGAAAUUACAUCACGUGUUGACAACGGAAGAAAUCCUACUGCUACAAGUGACUUAACACGAUCUAUUGAACGUGCAAUUCAAAAAGAACUUCAAUCAAAAACGUUACCGCGACCACAAAGUGCUCGUUCACGAAAACAAUCAGCAAGUAGUAAUAGCAGUGCCGGUCGACGACGUCGAUCGUCCUCAGCUUAUGAACAUGUUCAACCGCGUGUCAAUACGAAUCGUUCCAUAAAUUUCGAUGAAUUAAACACAAGUCAAUUUCGAAACGACUCAAGUCAAUCAAUAAAGGAUGCUGCUUAUCUUGAAUGGCUAAAAAAUAAAGAAGAAAGACGAAAACUCGAGAAAGAACAAAUAAAACUUUGGGAACAAGAAAAAACGAAAAUUGUUGAUAAAUCAAGAGUUGAACGCCAAGUUCAACUGAAUGCACAAAACUUGGAUCGAUGGCGUCAAGAGAAAGAAAAGGAAAUCAUAAAGAGAAAAAAAGAAGAAAUACAAUUGAAACGUGAAGAAGAAGAAAAGAAAAUACAAGAAGAGAAAAAGAUAAAAAAUGAGGCUAAAGCUGGUUUUGAAGAAUGGAAAAUAAAAAAGGACGAAAAAUUAACAGUGCAAAUCACAGAAAGUCGUAAUAAAAAAAACGAAAUCGAACAACAACAAGAAGAAAAACAAAAGAAAGUUUUAGAGGCUGAAAAAGCUUAUGAAAAAUGGAUGAAUAGAAAAAGUGAUCAAGCGAAAAAAAAACAUGAAACGAAAAAACAUACUCGAGAAAAUCAAUUUAAAAAACUUCGUGAGAAUGAAGAAACAAAAUUUGUUAGUGCACAAGAGGCUUAUGAAAAAUGGCUUCAAGAAAAAGAAAAAUACGAAGUUGACGAGAAACUAAAUACAAAACGACGAAAUUCUCUUACAAAUCAACCACAAGUGCCAUUUUUACCGGGUGGUUCUCAAAAAAAUACUGGAAAAAUUCGGCAUGCUGUUUGGUAG